UCAAGCGUUUAUAGAAUCAUAGACACUUUUGAUUUAAAAAUAAUACAAAUUUCCAAUUUGAAAAAUGAAAAUUCAAAUAAUCAAAUUCUAGUAAAAAAAACUUGGCUUACAAACAAUUCGGAAUUGUGCAAAAUUUACAAAAUUUGUUUACAAAACAUACGUAUUAUGAGUUUGCGCCAAUAGGUGUGCUUGAGACGUGAGGAAAAAAUCAACAGUGUAACUAACUCAAAAACGGUGUAACUAACUAAAUUAACUGUUACAAUAUUGGAAAUAAUCGUUUGCAAAUAAAACAUGAAGAUACCAUUCCUCAGCAGCUCUCCGCCAAAAGAACUGCUUAACGAGGAAAAUAUCGGUACGUGUGGUUGUUGUUCUUCGCUUGCAGAACCCGAACCCAUAUCGUACGCAUCGGAGUUUCGCGACUUUCUACAAAACAAUGCGCCGCUGGAUUUCGAGGAGAAAAUGGCGCGUGCACGCCCAUUUGUAUUCGCCAGUUUCAUAGCAUGGCCCGCCUAUUGGCUUUAUAGAGGCAUGGAUUGGAGUAAUCGAGCGCAUGUGGAACGCUCGCUGGUGACUUACAUCAACCGGACCUUUCACCAUGCCAAGCUCAUGCAAUUCACCAUACUCGGUGUGGGUCUAAUGUUUGCGGUGUACGAGGAGAGUCCACUACUGCUUAAGGUCAAUAAUAUGUUACAAGGCUUCAACGAGGAAGACUACCGUUCGAAAAACACCGUUAUUGAUUAACUUAACGCACAGCGGGCGCUAUACUGACGUAUGAGACUUGAAGACUUUUGGUUUACAUGCAGAAAAGGAGAAUUAAAUGGAAAAAUGUAUUCAAUCCAAAUUAUUUUCUAACUUGAAAAACUCGAGAAAAAUUACUGUAGAAUUCGGCAUUUAAGGUGGUUAUGGCAAACGCUUUACAUUUUUGAUAGCUUACUUUUGGCAUUUGUUGAAUAAAAACUUAAAAAAAUAUAUAAAAUUUUUUGGUUAAAAAAAAUUCAAAACCAGAUUUUUGUUAUUUCUUCAAGACUUUGUAAAACUGUAAAAUUGCAUUUUCAAAUUAUGGUGGUAACAAUUACGAGUGCCAAAAUAGAGAUUUAAUUGAGAGAGAGCACUAAGUUCACUAAGUGGUGUGUGAGAAUUCUAAAAAAAAAAAUAAUAAACUAAAAAAUUUGAUCCGAUCUGUUAGAUCUGAAGUGCUGGAACUGCACUUUUUUAUUAAGCCUAACACUUUAUUGAACACGUGGUAAAAACAAAAUGUCGUUCUUCAAAAAUCUCUUUCAGUUUAAGAGCUCGCAAUCGGUUAACGCCGAAAUGGCGCCGCGUGAAGUCAACUUCGGUGAGGAGGUACGCCGUUUGAUGCACAGGAGUGAUAUUGAAGCGGCUAUGGAGGCCGCCUCACCUUUCCUACUGACUGCUACACUAACUUGGCCAGCGAUUUGGUUGUAUCGAGGUUUCGAAUGGCAUUCGAUGCGUGGUAAGGAAACGCUGGCGCUCUAUAUAAGAAAGACCUUCUUUGCCGCCAAAGCCGCACAGCUCUCAGUGCUACUGGUGGGUCUAAUUUAUGCUAUUGGCACAACACCGCCACGCCAAAAUUGAAAUACAUAAGAGUCUAAGAGUCUUACUAAAAAACGAAAAGAAAGGUCAGACAAGUUAUUCAACACAAAAAAUACAAUAAAACCUACUGGGUGUUUACGUCUUCGUUAUACGAGCUUGUGAACCAAAUAUGAAGGAUUGAUAAAACUAAAAAAUAUAGUAUGAGUUGGAAACAAAUAUGUGUAGAAAAAUCAAAAAUAAACAUCAGCAGACUAUGUGCAAGAAAUAAUUGUUACAAACCACCCAAAAAAUUAUUAAAAAAGUGGUGAAAGGUCCAAAUUUUAAAACAAA